CCAAUGCAAUAUCAAGUUUUUUCAGGUCUUGCUCAAAUGUUCUCCUCCCAAGUGUUUCGGGGGCAUCCUCGCUGUCAUUUGGCAUCAGGAGGAAACCACCUCAUUGCCGUUUUUGGGAUCCAACCGUUCUCCAUGCGAAGGACGUGGCCAUCUGGUCCAAGUCUUCUGUGUUCAACGAUGAUAUGGAGUUUGCACAUGCCGCUCCUUUGGAGCACCUCUUCGUUAGUGAUGCGAUCAUAAUAUUGGACCUUCAGGAUUUGGCGUAGGCACUCCUGCUGGAAUACGUCGAGCCUGUUGUUGAUACCUGUUGAUGCCUUCCAGGUCUCGCUAGCAUCAGUGGCUGUCGGGAUCACAAUGGAGGUAUUCGAAAUCGAAUCGAAUAUGACAUCCUCUUCACCUGGUACCUAAAUAGUCGAAUCGCUGGAGGAAAUUUGAAAGAGGAAGUGUUGUAAUGAAAAAUGGCCCGCAAUCCCAACCUAUCUCUGACAGUUUAUAGACCAAUCCGCACAGGGGGACCGACUGGCCGUGAAUUAACAGAAGACAGAACGGCCGGUUUGUUAUUGUCUGCCUGAGACUCACGAAUCGUGUCCGGUUUGGCUUUGACGCCUCGUCCUCUGGAUUACCUGUCACGCUCCCCCCUGACAUUUUCUGGCAAUCGGUUAGAAGAGAGAGGAUUCUGAAAGGGAAAGGUUAUGCAUUUUGUCAUCCUGAAAUAAACCUCAAGAAGGUUUGGAACAGUGAAAUCAGACAAAGAUGACCAAAACCGAGGAGCUUCCCGAGGGCCAUUCCUCUGGGGAAUUUUAUGAGAAAUAUGAGCCAAAGGAAAUCUUGGGAAGAGGGGUGAGCAGCGUGGUUCGCCGGUGCAUCCAUAAAGUUACCAGGGAAGAAUUUGCUGUUAAAAUUAUAGACAUCACGGCUGGGAAUUUGUCCCCAGAAGAAAUUCAGGAAUUGCGAGAAGCCACUCUGAAGGAAAUAGACAUCCUCCAGAAAGUAUCUGGACAUCCCAAUGUCAUCCAGCUGAAGGACAGCUUCGAAUCUCACACCUUCUUCUUCUUGGUGUUUGAUCUAAUGAAAAGAGGGGAACUCUUUGAUUACCUUACAGAGAAAGUGACCCUGAGCGAGAAGGAAACCAGAAAGAUCAUGCGUGCCCUCUUGGAAGUGAUGCAGUACCUUCAUUCCAUGAACAUCGUUCAUAGAGACCUGAAGCCGGAAAAUAUCCUCCUGGACGACGACAUGAACAUCAAGCUGACUGACUUUGGUUUCUCAUGUCAGUUGCAGAGAGAUGAAAAACUCAAAGAGAUCUGUGGAACUCCUGGCUACUUGGCGCCUGAAAUAUUAGAAUGUUCCAUGGAUCCAGACCAUCCAGGUUAUGGGAAGGAAGUCGACAUGUGGAGCACAGGAGUCAUCAUGUACACCUUGCUGGCCGGAUCCCCUCCAUUCUGGCACCGGAAGCAGAUGCUGAUGCUGCGGAUGAUCAUGAAUGGAGAUUACAAGUUUGGCUCCCCGGAGUGGGAUGACCAGUCGGACACCGUCAAGGAUCUGAUUGCCCACUGCCUGGUGGUGAAGCCAGAACGUCGCUUCACCGUGGAAGAUGCUCUCAGCCACCAGUUCUUCCAGCAAUACGUAGUGGAAGAAGUCCGACACUUCAGUCCAUUCCGGAAAUUUCGGGUCAUCUGCUUGACGGUCUUGGCCUCGGUCCGAAUCUACCUCAACUAUCGUAACGUCAAGCCGGUCACCACCGAGGUGCUGCAACGCGACCCCUACGGCUUGAAACCUGUCCGCAAGCUGAUCGACGCAUGUGCCUUCCGGAUCUACGGCCACUGGGUGAAGAAGGGAGAGGCGCAGAACAGAGCCGCUUUGUUUGAAAACACACCCAAAGCCAUCCUUCUCAGCUUGGCUGCGGAGGAAGAGUUCUUCUGAGUCUGAAUGUGGUGUCAGCACAGGACUUUGACUGUGUUAACAGUCAAAAAAGGCGGGGAAAAAAUGAUACACACGUUCUCUGUCCAGCAGAAUAAGCCAGAUCGCAGAAACCUUCCCCUAGCGUUCAAACACUUUAUUUCCUUUCAGUCUCUAUUGCAUUUUGUUCGAAGGCCUUGGGGGAAAGUAACCACAAACUGCUAUAUUCCCUGCUAGCCAAAUGAAACAAUAUUAAAAUACUAUUUGCAGUUAUCCACUAAUUCAGCCUUUUGGAGUGUCCAGGCACAUUUGGAAUUCUGACCACAGCAUGGUGGGUGCAGGAACAAAAUGGCUUCCACAGGAGGCGGAGCCAGCCGCAAAAUGAUUGACAGUUUAACUUCAGUAACACAGCGUAGAUCCUUGUACUGCGGUGGCAACUGCUGCCCAAACAAUAUUUUUUAAAAGUCUGCACAGUCAAUCAGAAUUAUUGCUGGGCAAAAGCCCUACUUUUUAAAAACAAUGGCGGGUGUCAUGGCCCCCACAUGCAUCGCGUUAGGGACCCCUGCACUAAUUGGUUUAACCUAUUUUUACUCUCCCCAUCCAACGUUGUAAGGUGGAAGUGUCCAGCAAGUAAACACCAAUCAGCUAUUUACCAAAUGUGUACCUCUUAAAGGGACAGAUGCUCUUAAGAAGAGUCUGAUGCCCCUCCCAUUAAUAAUUGCAUCAUAGCUAACAAUUAACAAAAUACUACUCACCCUGCUUUGCAAAAGUUCCUGCCAUAUUGAGCACAGAAAAGAUAUAACUAGCAUUAGCCUCAAAUGGCCAAUGGAUUUGAAAUAUUUAUUCCCAUUUAUUACCACUGUGCCUUUGGAAAGGGGAUGUAUCCAUUUUCUAAACGUCUACCCAAACAUCAAUAAAUGUGCUUUAUUUAUUGGACAA